GUCUUUGGCUUCCCGAAAAAAAAUGUUGGAAGGAAACGCCACUAUUCCAUGGGUGCGCGUAUCUCUCCCUCCCUGAACGAGGUUCUUUUCUUCUUGUAUUCAUCAUCGGCCUCCCUCGCCGACGUCAACAUUCGAACUUUCGGCUUGGACGGCGACGUGGACGAGGUGGACGAAGUGGACGGCAACGAGAUGGAGCAAAGCAAAGAAAAGAAAGCAUGGAGCGGGAGAGAUGGUGACAGCAACGAUGCAGAGAGAGAGUGA